CCUUAAAGGACGCUUAUAUUAUGGCUGAGUCACUUUUGUCUUUCGGCGUUCAGAAGGUUUGGGACCUCCUUGUCCGAGAAUCUGAACGACUUCAGGGAGUUAAUGACCAAUUCGACGAACUCAAAAGGGAUCUAAACUUGCUUAGAUCCUUUUUGGAAGAUGCAGAUGCUAAGAAGCAUGCAAGUGCAUUGGUGAGAAAUUGUGUUGAAGAGAUCAAAGAAAUUGUUUUUGAUACAGAGGAUAUAAUCGAAACAUUCCUUCUAAAGGAAGAGCUUGUAAAAAUAAAUAGCAUCAAGAAGAAAUGUUUGAGAGGACUUUCUUGCAUUAGAAUGGACCAUAGGAAAAUUGCUUUAGAUAUGGGAGGUAUAAGUAAGAGAAUCUCCAAGGUGAUUCGUGAUAUGCAGAGUUUUGGAGUGCAACAGAUGAUUUUCGAUGGCAGCAAGUAUUCAAAUCCUCUACAAGAAAGAGAAAGGGAGAUGCGAAAAACAUUUCCGAGCAAUAACGAAAACGAGCUUGUGGGGUUGGAGGAGAAUGUUAAUAAAUUGGUUGGCAAUUUGGUGAAGGAAGAUAGCAUUCAAGUAGUUUCUAUAACUGGGAUGGGCGGUAUCGGUAAAACUACACUUGCUCGACAAGUUUUUAAUCAUGAAAUGGUUAAAAACCAUUUUGAUGGCGUUGCGUGGGUGUGUAUUUCGCAACAGUUCACACGGACAUAUGUGUGGCAAACGAUCUUGCAACAGCUUAGUUCAAAACAUGAUAAGCAUGUAGAGACAAAUAUGAAUGAAGAAGACCUCCAAGAAAAGCUCUUUCAAUUGUUGGAAACUAGAACUUCUUUGAUCAUCCUAGAUGACAUGUGGAGAGAAGAAGAUUGGGACAGAAUAAAGCCUGUGUUUCCACCCAAAAAAGGAUGGAAGGUACUACUUACUUCACGCAACGUGAACGUUGGAAUACAUGCAGAUCCUACGUGUGUCACUUUCAAACCAGGAUACCUAACCUCUGAUGAAAGUUGGACACUUUUUCGAAGGAUAGCAUUUCCUAGGAAAGAGACAACAAUGGAGUUUAAAGUUGAUGUCGAAUUCGAAGAGAUGGGUAGGCAAAUGAUAAAUCAUUGUGGAGGAUUACCAUUGGCUGUUAAGGUGUUAGGAGGGUUGUUAGCUUCCCAACACACAUUAAGUGAGUGGAAAAGGAUAUCUCAUAAUAUUAAAUCCAACAUUAUUGGAGAGACUAGCUUCAAUGACAGAAAUAUCAGCUCUGUUUAUCAUAUUUUGUAUCUGAGCUUUGAAGAGCUGCCUAUUUAUUUGAAGCACUGCUUUCUCUACCUUGCCCAUUUCCCAGAAGAUCAUCCAAUACGGGUUUGGGAUUUGUCCUAUUAUUGGGCAGCAGAAGGAAUACCAAGACCAAUGGUUUACAAAGGAGCAACCAUUGAAGAGGUCGGAGAUGGAUAUGUAGAAGAACUGGUCAAGAGACACAUGGUUAAACGAGAUGUUAGUUACUUGGGAUUCGAAACAUGUCACAUGCAUGACAUGAUGAGAGAAGUUUGUCUACGUAAAGCUGAAGAAGAGAAUUUUGUACACGUGGUUGAUACUACAAACUCUCAAUCUCCUUGUAAAUCUCGGAGGAUGGCGGUACACUGGCUUGAUGAAACAUAUGAUCCAGAAGCAGAGUUGGUGAAUCCAAAACUUAGAUCUCUCUUGUUUAUCUGGAACCAGGUUUCUGGUUCUCAUGCGGGAUCAAGUUUAUGGUUUACGAGGCUACAAUUGAUUAGGAUUUUAGAUCUCUCUAGAGUUGAUUUUGGAGAGGAAGUACCCUCUAGCAUUGGAAAGCUCAUCCACUUGAGAUAUUUGAGUUUAUAUGAUGCAAAGUUAACUCAUCUACCUUCUUCUAUGCGGAAUCUGAAGCAGAUGAUCUAUUUCAACCUAACGACACGUAGUUCGCCCUACAUCCCUAAUAUCCUGAAUGAGAUGCGAGGAUUGGCAUAUCUUUCUCUUCCGCGGACGAUGCAUGAUAAGACAAAGUUGGAAAUGGGUAAUCUAGUCAACAUGGAGAUGUUGGUGAAUUUCUCAACAAAGCAUAGCAGUGCGAAAGAUCUUCAAAGAAUGACAAAGCUACGGCAUCUUGUGCUUUAUAACGAUGGCCAAGGGUGUACUAGAGAAACUCUAGAUUCAUCUAUCCCAAGUGAAUUGAGAUGCUUUGGAUAUUAUAAGAUCGACGAUAAAGAGAUGGAUGGGUGUUGAAAGAUGAUUAUAUUCACUGGGUUACAAUCAUAACUCUAGUACUUUGCUGAUUCAUAGAGCUGAGACAUGUCAUUCGUGCACUAGUAUACAAUUCUCUUUGUGUUUGUCUUUUAUUCUGUUUGGCUUGAAUUCUAUAAUCUUUAUCUCUGUAUGUAACUUUGUAAGUUUAUAACUUUGCUAACUGCUUUGAAUUUGUGACUAUUUCCUGCAAUGACCAUAAAUUAUAUUCACUCCA